UUAUUUUUCACUUGAUAUACCUAUAAUAUCUUGUAAUCUUGAAAUCAUCCAAUUAGCACUAAAUAUAAGCUUACUUUCAUACAUUCACCAAUCAUGGCGACGGCAUUAUCCAAACCUCCUCCCGGCUUCGUCACCCUCUCAGCUCUGGAUGCCGGCCACCUCUCUCUCCCAGAACACAUGUUUGUCAACGACGCAGACCCAGUAAAGAAGAAUCUCGUCCCAUCUCUCUCAUUCCUCAUCCGCCACGCAUCUCCAGAUGGCAGCGUCACCAACCUCGUCUUCGACCUCGGCGUCAAGCGCGACCUAAACUAUACGCCCGCUCAGCAAAAUGAGCUCGACAUCUGGAGGCCGCUCAUCACCGAGACUGAUUGCGCCAAGAGCCUGCGCAACGGAGUCGCUGAUGCUCCUGGCGGCGCAAGCAACGGCGUGCUCCUCGAUCCAACCAAGGACAUUGACUACAUCAUCAUCAGCCACGCCCACUGGGACCACACCGGCACGCCCUCGGACUUCCCCACGGCAACGUUUGCUGUGGGAUCCGGAACGCUGGAUCUCUUCCAGAACGGCGCUGGACCGGCAUAUCCAUCCAUUUUCUUCAACAAGGACGAGCUACCCGCUCUCCGCACCGUCGAGUUCCCUCCCGUCGUACGCACGGGAGUGUAUGGAAACGAGCCCUUUGCGCCAAAACAUACGCCACUCCCGUCAAACACCCAAGCUAAGCCUCCUGCAGUCGCUGCUUCAUGGGCUUGGAAGCCAUUUGGCGAUCUACCCAACGCCCUCGAUUUCUUCGGUGACGGAAGUCUCUACGUCGUUGAUACACCAGGCCACAUUUACGGCCAUGUGAAUCUGCUUGCUCGGCUUGGGGAGCGAAGAUAUGUCUAUCUCGCCGCAGACUGCUGUCACGACAGACGGUUGGUGACGGGCGAAAAAGAAAUUGGAUUGUACGACGACGGUCAUGGUGGGUUGAGGAGCAUCCACACUGAUACUGAAGAGGCACGUAGAUCUUUGGAAAGACUAAAAACUUUCUUGAAGAAUCAUCGUGCGGAGGGGAACGAGGUGGAACUUAUCCUUGCCCAUGAUCCUGUAUGGAGGAAAGAGAAUGUACAUGCGUGCUGGCCUGGAAAGGUAUAAGACGAUUUUUUGUGAGCAUCAAAGAGAUGAUGCGGUGACUUUAUGACUGGAUUUUGUAAUGAGUUCUCUUUAAUUGCAUAAGUAGACUGUUGAGACGCUAUGUAGUCAGGAGACUGCCUUAGCCGUGGGUGUGUGAGAAAGUCCGGCAUCAAAGUCUUCGGUCAUAGUAGAAACUGAAUUUUUAAUUACGAGAAUGAAAGGCAGACACUCAGUUGAGUAAAGCCCGAAUUAAACGGAAGACCUGCAGUUACUACUAUAAGGUGAUUUGCAAACAAACAAAACAUAUAUCGGGUCAUG